GGCCUGGCCUUCCACAACAAGUCCGGCUCAAUACAGCCGCACCGCACAAAACCUGGGCCCCCAACGUCGACGCUGCGGCGCUGCCUGCUACGCUCGCUUUCUCCUCGUCUCCGCUCCGCUUCGCCGGUUGACGGUGCGACGCACGAAGCGACAUACUCUGAUACUCGCGCACGCUGCAGCUGCACGCACCGCCGAGGCGCCAACACGACGCUGUGCCGUGGCGCGCCGACAAUCAUCGCGCAUCACCGUGGCCCGUGAGAACUGAGUGGCCCACGCCUCGGAUUCGAGGAUGCGCUGCCUCCGCCGCCCGGCAACCCACCUGCUCUGCUCCGCUCGGAGCGCCCACGCCGGGAACGCCCCCAGGGUGCUCGACGAAAUGCCCCUUCCGCCUCUCGCUCCAUCACGCCGCACGACGACUCUGGUCCGCGCGCACCACCUGCUCGGCGCAAUGCGCGGGCCGGGGUUCUGCACCACCGUGGGCUCAGAAUCAGAUGUGGAGCCGCGAUUCACGGUGGUGCCGGGCGCCGCCCAGGAGGGCCUUGCACCGGGCGUGUCCGAGGCGGCAGAAAGGGUCUGCCGCGUCGUGUCUGCCCAGCCGGAGCAUAGAAUUGCGCCGGUGCUCGAUGCUCUUGGGGUAACCGUCUCGCCGCAGUUGGUGGCCGAGGUUCUCAAGAACCUAAGCAACGCUGGCAUUCUUGCGCUUGCUUUCUUCCGAUGGGCAGAGAGGCAGCAAGGCUUCAGAUACUCGGCCGAGGGAUUCCAUAAUUUGAUUGAGGCUCUCGGCAAGAUCAAGCAGUUCAGGCUGGUGUGGAGCUUAGUGGAGGCCAUGCGGUGCCGGAGCUGUCUGUCCAAGGACACGUUCAAGAUCAUUGUCAGGAGGUAUGCCCGGGCCAGAAAGGUCAAGGAAGCUGUCGAGACAUUUGAGAAGAUGUCCAGUUUUGGGCUGAAAACAGACUUGUCAGAUUACAACUGGCUGAUUGAUAUAUUGAGCAAGUCCAAGCAAGUGAAGAAGGCGCACGCCAUCUUCAAGGAGAUGAAGAGAAAAGGUAGGUUCAUACCUGAUCUCAAGACAUACACUGUCCUCAUGGAAGGCUGGGGCCAUGAGAAGGACUUGCUGAUGCUCAAGGCAGUGUACCAAGAAAUGCUCGAUGCAGGCAUCAAGCCUGAUGUCGUCGCGUACGGGAUGCUAAUCAGUGCAUUUUGCAAGUCUGGCAAAUGUGAUGAGGCUAUCAAGGUGUUUCAUGAGAUGGAAGAGAGUGGUUGCAUGCCAAGCCCUCAUGUAUAUUGUAUGCUUAUCAACGGCCUCGGUUCAAUGGAGAGACUCGAUGAAGCUUUGAAAUACUUUCAGCUUUCUAAAGAAAGUGGGUUCCCCAUGGAGGUGCCUACGUGCAAUGCAGUUAUUGGGGCUUACUGCAGAGCCUUGGAGUUUCAUCAUGCUUUCAAAAUGGUUGAUGAGAUGAGAAAGAGUGGCAUUGGCCCAAAUACCCGUACCUAUGAUAUUAUUCUUAACCAUCUUAUAAAAUCUGAGAAGAUAGAAGAGGCUUAUAAUCUAUUCCAGAGAAUGGAGAGAGAUGGCUGUGAGCCUGAGCUCAAUACAUAUACAAUGAUGGUCGGUAUGUUCUGUAGCAAUGAAAGAGUUGAUAUGGCCUUGAAGGUAUGGAAGCAAAUGAAAGAGAAGGGUGUCCUACCCUGUAUGCAUAUGUUUUCAGCGUUGAUCAAUGGGUUAUGCUUUGAGAACCGGCUGGAAGAAGCUUGUGUAUAUUUCCAGGAGAUGUUAGACAAAGGAAUUAGGCCACCAGGUCAACUUUUUAGUAAUCUGAAAGAAGCGCUUGUUGAAGGAGGCAGAAUUACCUUGGCACAGGAGGUGACUCAAAGGUUGGAAAUGUUACGGAGAACACCAAUGCGUGGUUGAGUAAUCAAGCACAUAACGUAAGACGGCAUCUUAGCUCUUUUGACUCUUUAGUUUGUCAGAAAACGGAUGUCUCAUUUACAACCUACAUGAUACUACUAGUAAGGUGCCCAUGUGUCUGCAAGAGGUCAUCAACCUCAUGUUCGGCCGUAUCUUUAUGCUUCUCAGGCAUCACAUUCGACUGCAUUCAUGAAGAAUGCGCAUCUCCGGUCAAAAAAAAAAAAAAGGAAUGUGCAUGAAUGCAGCAGAUUUUUUCCUUCCUUUGAGUAUGUCUAAAUACGACCGAAGACAUCCAUAUAUCUAUCUACAUCGAUAUCCAUUGGAGCUGACAUGGCAUGAUUGUGUGGCAGGAUGGGAACUGGGUGGUAGGCGCGUUGGCCUGACUGUAUGCAAGCAGCAAGCUCUUAUACCGUCCUCACUUGGCUUGGCCGGGCCCUAAAAAUGAAUUUGUAUUUCUUGUUUAAAAUUUACUCCUGAAAUAGUUUACAUCAUCUGUAUUGUAUAGAGGGAUUGAACUAAAUAAAAGGCGCUGGCUGCUCAAACGUUUCAAAUUCAUAAAGAAGGUAAGCAAGUUACCAAACCAAAUUACACGUUUCAAAUUUAUAAUGUGGAUGGCUGAAAUUUUGUUUAUGACAACCACAAAUGAUUUAACUAUUACAAAGCUCAAAAGUUAUUUAAAAAAAGCAAAGAGAUGCUGAUAAAGAAAGUUCUUUAGAAAUCGUACCAUUUGGUAAAUUGGGAUAUGUAACAUGGCCUAACAUAGUGAUAGGUUCAUUGGAAAUCUUGAAGAAAAAGGGCCACCAAGCCCCAAAUAUCACAAUGCUGCGGAACUAAGCUUCACGGUUCUGUUUUUCCAAGUUGCAAUCAUGUGUUCUAUAUAUUUCUACCUAGAUUGAAUUUAGAGAUUUGAGCAGCUCAACAAAAUGGAGACACAUCGCAAUUUACUGUAUAUAAACUUUAUAGUCAUACAGGUACAAACUUAUAAAUGCAUCGACAUCAUGAGUGAAUUACUAACCACAAACAUUUUUUCUUUAGUAUACUGUACACGGUAACACGGGUACGGUACAUUACAAAACAGACAGCUUGAAUUCGAUAUCUCACAUGCCAUUAAGUACGGAGUACUACCCAGGAUCUUUCUUAUUUCAGGGACAGUGAUAUAAGAUGUUCUUCCAUGGGUGUCCGUUUUAAUUUCAAUAGGACAUUGCUUAUUAACUGGGACCUGCGUUCUGGUAUGAUACAAACACCUUCAGUUCUUAUGCUGCAUUCUACCGCUCUCUGCACCAGCAUAAGGAUCAAUGAUAACAUUUAUCACCGCUGGCUUCCUGGCACGAAACGACUCUGAAAGGGCGGAUUUUAGCUCAUCUGGUGUCUCAACAAGAUAACCUUUUCCUCCAAAA